AUGAGUUUCGAUCCGACCAACGUUUUGCAGGCGUCAAUGUAUCAGACUGUUCAACUCAGGCUCAAAAGUAACCCCCUUAAAGGGGAUCCGCCCAUUGUUAAUAACGAUGAGGUUUAUCUUUUUAUUGAUCCGGGCUCUGGGUCAGAAAAGCAAUGUCAGUAUGAUCUAGCGGGACAACCACAGGGCACGGAACACUUCAAAGUUACGAAUGCCGAUGGUGAUGGCGGUCUGGGCUACGUCAAACUUCCUAUCCUUAGCAGCAUGUUUUCUGAAGGUUCAAGUUACGUGUUGUGCUACCUUUCUCAGAAUCUAAAGACUGCCAUAGUCCUUCGACGAUCAAGCGACAGCUCUGCUAGCACUUCACUAUUGAUAUGGCCACCGCUUUACAAACAGUACAAUCUUUUACCACCCAGCGCGAGCGGGGGUGAAGGUAUGAUCAACUUGACUCUUUUGGAGAACGAGCUACCGAUGGACAGACCUCAUAAUAAUGCGCUUAAAAGCUUUACCAUCUUCCUCCCACCCUGCGUUCCCAAAUGGAAUUGUGCGGACCUGAACGCACUCACCACGGCAUGUGAUGCCAUUGGCAGUGACAUAGAGCAGAAGGGAUCAGCGGAUGGCGUAAUCCUGCUUUCCUACUUAUCCUACCCCAGCCCGUCAUCGGUGGCAGGAAAAUUUGUAGUGCCGUAUUUGCCCAGUCAGGAUGGGUACUUCAUAUGUGUACCUUACUGCCCCAGCGAUGCCGUCAACUGCGGCACCACAAAGGGUUCCAUGUCGUACACAGUCGUUGCGGCGUCGACACCCGUGCUGAAGUUCAGCCCCUCAACUCCUGGUGUGUACAGCCGCAUUCCAGAAAAGCCCCAGGCACGGGAGGAGGGCAACUUAACUUUCUAUGGCACAGGACUAUCUAAUACAGACAACGUUAAGAUUAUUGAGUCCAGUGAUGAGUGCACUUCCCAAACUGCUUCGCUGAUCAGCAACAUUGAGUUCAGUGAUUUAGUGUACACACCUAAAGAGAAAAAAACCUUUAUUCGAUUCAUCAGGCUAGAUUUUGUUGAGAAGUCGAUUACUGGGAGGGUUUGCUACUGGCGUAGUGAUUCGGGCAUGUGGUCAAGUGUCUAUCUCUCAAAAAACAACCCCAAUCCAGAUUUUACGAUUGAUCCCCUUCAACCAAGUCAUUUUAAUAUUUUGACACCAUCACCAUCUAUAGGGCAGACCAUCACGUUGGAGUUUGUUGGAACCAACUUGAAUGGAGGCGCUGAUAAGGCCUUUCUUUCCCCUAGGGAUUUUCCAGACCCAUUCACAGCGAUCCCAGAUCAUGAUGAUAUGUAUUUAUGCAAUAUGGCUGGUACCACCACUCCGAUUUGCAAUGUGAACGUCAACCCGCCGUUAAAUACCGAGAUUAAAAUAUUUGUGUACUAUCUCAAAGCUGGACGUGCGAAUUAUGCUCUACUCCGCGAUACUGUCAGUCUUGCAGCGAGAAAUCCAACCUAUACAUUGUCUUCGUACCCUAUGUAUGGUGGACAGUUUGUACGCAUGGAUUUCACAGGAAAAAGUCUCUCUGCGAAAGACGAGGUAAGGAUUAUAGAGUACGGCAAUCCCUGCAAUAAUGACGCGCUACCUUUCAUCAACGUCAGUCUCACGGGCCUUACAGAAGUAAAACCCGAAGAAGCCUACAGCUGCAGACUGGUUGGACAAGCGGAUGUGUGCCUCACUGUGUGUUAUCAUAUAGCCAGCUCCGACGUAUGGGUCACGACGCAUAGUACCGUCAGCUCCCAAGACUCAUCACCCACAUCCUGCCCAACGACGGCGCUCUAUAUCUCACCCUACCCGAGGCGAUAUGAUUUUCCAACGACAACAAAUACAAGCCCCUUAACUGCGUACGAAACGGCUCAGAUGCGUAUCGAGGAUGGGAAUCCAUCAGAAUCUAAUAUUUUUGUAGGCGUGAAAAUCGUGCGCAUGCCGGACACUUGUGUGCUAAAGUUAUGUAGUGGCAAGCCUGCCUGUGAGGCAGAUGUUUCAGCCGAUGACUUCGUUAGUGAUUUCAUGCCUGUGAGCUUAUCUGCAAAUGUGAUGGCGGCUAAAGCGGAUACAAACUAUAUUGUCUGUGUGGCACUCAUAAAAGGUGAGCCAUUUCUUCCUGUACUACCCAAUUGGGUACCGAGAGCAUCUGUCAAUGCGUCUACUUACGGCUUCAAGGCCUCCACACGGAACCCGGAGUUGUCUUCUUAUAAGCCCAAAAGUUGGCAUGUGCGCAUGGCAACACUCACGACGAUUUUCUCUGGUGCGGGUUUGGACGCCUCACGGGAUCAUGUGUACCCUGUGGCAUCCAGCACGCUUCUUAAAAAUCAUGCUUGCCCACCGGCAGGCGAUGCGCCGCCGAUGAUUCUCAUCCCGUCUAUACAUCCUGAGAGCAGUACAGCUGAGGCGGUGAACGUGACCUACACCCGCUCUGACCUCCUUACCGUCGAUGCGGUGCACUUUUGUUAUCAAUGGACCGGUGCCUCAGACUCGGGGUCUGGUGAAAGGCAGAGGCGUAUGUCGUACGCUGGCUAUGUUUCUAUUGGGCCAGCUAUUCCUUCAUCGUUUAAUUUUGUGAAUAUACCAGCCGAUAAUGACUACUAUGCCACCGAUUCGGUUAUGAUGAAUUUUUUUUCCCAGGACAGUACCGCUAAUGUGCUCUCUGCAAGUAAUGAUGCCAUUUAUUUUUAUCGCUUCGACAACUCCAUGUACCCGAACCCAAACUGUUAUUGCGAUCCAUCUACUUGUCCCUCCUGGCUAAAGACGUUCUACAAUGAUGCAAUAUUCACCAAUAUUACGGCAGAGGGUGUAGUUCCUGGUUCCCAGGUUAACUACACCAAUUUUCGUGGAUUUCGAAAUUAUUCAAUGGAUACAACCUACGUCGUUUGCUAUUCUGUAGGGUUCUUUGCGCAUACUGACACGUACAUGGGAAAGUUUCUGGUAAGGUUGGCCAAUCCAAUGUAUUAUACCGUGGUCAAAAAGGAUGGAACUGUAAAUCACGCCGGUGAAGUUAUUAGUAUCUUGGCUUAUCGUUGCCGGGAUACCAACCGCUGUAAACUUCUCACGAAAGACGACCAAAUGAUAUUGAUACCCAAUGCAGUGGAAUGUGCAUCGGUAUACUCUACCGACGCGUUCGCUACCGAGGUGCAAAGUGUUGGUCAACCAGUCGUCACUGGCGAGAGCGGGCAUAAAUACCUACAACGUUUUGUGGUGAACCAUGCUGGGACAUACAAAGUCUGCUAUCGUAGGUCUAGCAAACUCGAGGGAAGCUUUGCGGAGCUUGCGUUUACCUCUAAAUUUCUUUCUCAACCGGUUGAGAUUGCGGAUGAAGAUCCGUUCUCUUUCGAGACUAUCCCGGCGGCUCCCUCCGAGGGGCAGUUUCUCAUUGUUAAUCUCAAAUGUAGUGAAGCGGAGUGCAGCAGUUGCAGGGAUCUCCGCCUGAUACGAGAUGAAAAUGCAUUGUGCUGGGACAUAUCAACAAAAAGUGAAACUUAUUCUAGUGUUGAUUGCUUAACUCCAACAUCAAUCCAGUUUUCAAAUCAAUAUAUUGCUGCAGGAUCCUAUACCGUUUGUUAUGGUAGGGGCGACAUCGAAAAUACGCGGCGUUUGCCAGGCACGCUGGUAGUUUCCAAGAUGAACCCGUCUAGCUUCAUUUCCGUCCCAGACUCGGAGCGAAAUAUCUUCACGAAUCAGGUUUUAAACUUUAUCUUGAAUAUCAAGGGUGAUAAUCUUGGAGUCGAUGACGAGGUCUUUUUAUUGACCGCGAAUCACUAUUCUUGUCAUGAUUUGCGCACAUUCGAGAUCCAGAAUAAUAGGACCCUACAGAAGUGGCUCGCACCCAGCAUUUACCCAUACUCAGUCAAACAAACAAGUGACGGGGUAUCGUGGAUUGUGUCGAACCUAACCAAACGCUUCGGUGCAGGUAUGCUUUCUGAUAAUACGCUCUGCGAUAAGUCUGGGAAGUUUUGUGAAAUGAAGUUAUGCUACAAACGUAGCGGCAUGUCCUGGGCGCCUGUCCCCAUUGAGUCUUCGCCGCCCAUACAAAUCAAGCUUCCCGAUCCUUCCUCCAUUUUGUUCGACACCUGUACGUUGAUCUCUAACAUGUAUGUCAUGGUAACAGUAUCAGGUACAAACUUAAAAGCAAUGGAUAGUCUCGUUAUUAAUACUGGAAUAGUGUGUGAUACUGGGGCAGUGACAGCCGCGAUACUUGUGGGUAAGCCCUCUGUAAACGAAGCAGGUACUCAAUGGCGCGGCGUUCUUCGUCUUCUCGAUGGUGGGGCGAGUACUUAUACAGUGUGUUAUACGCGGGAGUCAGGUUCGAUAUAUGAGAUCGACAACAUAAAAUUCCAUGGGUCGUCCAGUUCUACUAUUUAUAUCUUUUCUAGCCCGCUCUACGCAGAGUAUAGCAAGCAUUUUUUUACUUCAUUUCAUUAUGCUAUUACGCGAUACGAAGAAAUGGUUGUUGCGGCGUCGUUUGCUGAUGAUGGUAGUCAAAUAGUUCCGCUGAAGGAUGUACAACUGAUUUUUUCUGACCCUGCCAAGGCCGAGUGCAACUACGCACCCUUUCUCAAAGUCACUAACCAGGCUACACAGUUUCCAGUCGUCGAAAACUUUACUGAAACCAGUGCCGGAUCAGGUGAAUUCCAGGGCCGUCUGACGAUGAACCCAGAUAUCUACAUGUUUUGCAUGAACACUCCAAAAGGAUUGUUCCGUGUUGAUAGAUUCCCACCAACUGAUCCGGUUGAAUCAAGUGUCACUGUUAACUGGUUAGCAAACUUUGGUAAGCUUACAAGUACAUCAAAGAAUUCUAUAGUUAUUGGUAGCGAAUGUCCGAAUGAUUAUGACGUAUUCCCUAAGAAACCUAUGAUGGGGCAGCAGCUUCAGUUUAAGUUUUACGCCCCACUCAAUCCUUUCCAGACUAAUAAACCCUUUGCUGUGGGAGACGCUGUGCAGAUCAUCGAUGGCAACUUAUUUGACUGCGGCUUCCGUAACACUACCGUCGUUUCGGAAGGCCUUGUGAAGUCUAUCACAAGCACAAGCGACAGAAUUAUUGCCUUGGCCGAGAUAAUGCUACCGGAUUCCUUUACCAAUAGCGCUGGCGUACCUUUAGUAAAUCAAAAAUAUGGCUUAACAGUAUGCUAUCGCAAGCAAUCCGGGACUUUUGCCACGGCGCCACGGCCUAUCACAACUGUGGAUCGCAACCUACAUGUGAUAGAGGCGAUACCGGGGCAGUGGAGUUCGGUUCCUACUCAACUGCAAGCCGGCGUUUCGGCCAGCAUAGCGUUUCUUGGCAGCAAAGACAAUCCAGAGUAUUUAAGCGCGCAAGAUCGCGCCUUCUUGGUGCGUUCUUCCGACACGAGCAAACCACAAGCCAGCUCGGAGCUUUGUAGGACCGGUACUUCAGUACUGAGCUCUACCGAGAUACAGAAGGAUGGCAUCAAUGCCAUUUGGCGCAUCCCCACAGGAAAGCUUAAGGAAGGAUAUUAUCUUGUAUGCUACACUGCAGUGAACAAUGGGGAGCCUAUUUAUGUCCGCUCACCGGAGAUUCUGGUUGUAUAUUCGCUUCAGUCACCAACUGGCGCCUACUCGAAUAACCAUGCACACAGCAAUGUUCUCAAUGCGUACCGUGGUGAACGUUUCUAUAUCUUCUUUAAUACAUCUGAGGAGCUUCACGUAGUCCUUGAUGAUGGACUCUUGCCAGCAUCGAAGCUUGUGGGGCAUGAUGUGGUGCGCAUCUCGCCGAAUCGUGAUUGUAGCUUGCCACUUCAAAGCGACAAUGUCUCAAAGAUCCCAGCCUCCUUCGGAUACAAACCACUGAAGACGAUGAAAACCAGUGCGGGGAUGCCUGUCCCGUAUAUUCAUCUCAGAAUGCGAGCAGAGUCGGGGGAUUACUUUGUUUGUAUGCAGCGCACAGGGCGGGAACCUUGGCAAGCGUAUUACACUAGCAGUCUCGUCGGAAGUGAUGUCCACCCCGCGGUAUUAACCAUCACCAAUGCUCCCAUCGCAGAAUUCACGACGACGCCAGUGUCACCUCGCGUUCUUGUUAAGCAGACAAACGUUCAUCUCACUUUUCCUGCUGAGUACACAUUAAGUAAUUUUAAGCAGCUUUUCCUUGUUCCUUUUCAAAGUAAUACGAUAGCAGCAGAGGAUGAGAUAAGUCAUGAUAAUUGCUAUCGUCCUCCUACGCGCAGUGAGGCCGUCUCCGAGGCCGUGGUAUUGUUGAACAAUAGCUUACAGGUCAACUUGACGACGAUGGACUUAGAUUGGAGUUUUUCAGAUGCUGGAACCUAUUUGCUCUGCUUCCAACUGAUUGAACGGCCAACCGUGGCAUCGGUUUUUCCCUCUCAGCUGAAAGUUCUGAAUCCGUCACCAAUUUUCUAUGAGGUAAAUCCUAUUAUUGCUAAAGGAUCUGCUUUCAGCAUUUCUAUCACAGCGUUAGACCCCAUAUUUAAGCAAAGCAAAAACCGUAUGGAUAUUUAUGUGCUUCCAAGUGAUGCCAACAUCGAAAUCAUGCCCAAUUGUGUGGGAGCUGAUCCACCAAGUGGAGGUGGCACAACAUCGUUCACAAGCUUCCAAACGACUGACAAUCAGCAUGCUUCCGUGAAUCCUGUCAUUAACGAUUCAGGUUAUUUCUUUGUUUGUUUUAUUACCUAUGAUCAAUCAAUGGCCUUCCCUGUACCUAAUCAUGCUGGAUAUUUUUCUUUCGCUGUUGGCAUAACAGGAGCUCAGAAGUAUGAGGUUCGUCCAUUCAAUUCCCACCUUGGCCAGAUUUUAACUAUCACUGUCAAGGGAAACCUGCUGAGUGACAAGGAUCAUAUCAAAAUAGUUCAUGUUUCCCCCAAUAAACUAACUAAGUUGGCGUAUCUACAGGAAGCUACUAUUGGGUCAAUUUAUGAGGAAGAAUGCUCGGGUUCGUCAAUAAAUGCAGACGCCAGUGCCCCACCGGGGGACACAGUGGGAUCUGUUCUGAAGAGUAACAGUGACAUCGUGGGUUUUUACUACCCGCGUGUCAAUGCAACGGGAGAAUACGUGUUGUGCUAUCAAAGCCUGCCUCUGGGUAAUACGUGGAGUUUAGUCAGCAAUCCGGACUCAUUCAGCGUGGAUGCGGCCCAUCCAUCAAGUUUCCUGUUACAGCCUGACCCUGUGUACACGACUCAAAUCGUGAAGCUUAUUGUGCAGGACUCUGCCGGUUUACUGCAGACCCAGGAUCGUCUGAAACUCGUAUCAAGUCAGGACGCCGACGGCUCAGGGUUUAGAUGCAAUAAUGAUGCUCCAGCAAGCAGUGACAUCGUUGUUAUUGGGGGUGUCACCUCUGAAAGCACCCAAAGCGCGUCUGUCUACAGCGUCUGUGGGAAAAGUUCGGCAAGCGUAGUAGUGUGUUAUCAGCUAGCUGGGACCGACACAUGGGCCGAGGUUCCACGCCUUUCACCGCCUCCAAAUUACAUUUUCUCACCGUUAAUAGCUCUAAAAGAUCCUUUUGAGGGUCCUUUUCUGAUCCCCGACCAGGACUAUAUUCCUCGACCAUAUGAACCUUUUUCUUUCACGUUUACAAGUCUUUCUGCCACCGAGCAGGUAACCCAUGUGGGAUUUUCAAUGGGAUCGCUAGAGACGUGUACUGCAAAUGUGAUUUAUGUUACUCCAUCCUUUCUCUCCAAAGAUUCGACUGCCAGCAAUACCUUCACUGUCUCCCUGGAUGCUGCUGGUAGCUACACGCUGCACCUUGGGAUGAGUGCUAAUGUGUUGGAUCCAAACAUCACCAAGACGAGCAGCCUGGUUAUAGGGCUUUGUGAACCGUGUGGCGUAAUGCCACCUUACGCAUUCUUGGAUCAGGAAGUGAGUCUUACAUUCACAAGUUCACGCAAGGGCCUCUCUGAGGGGGACGCAUUACGCUUGAUUCCAAGGUCACAGGAUCUAUCUAACUUGCCAUGCGAGAACCCCCAAGGUCCUUACAAAUCGAUAACUUUUAAGCCAACAUCAGUUGCAUCCGAUGGUAGUUCAGCCAACUUUAUGGUUCACACUGGCAAGCCUUCGGAUUCCAGCAGCUACCUUGGAGAAUAUCAUCUCUGUUAUCUAAAGGGAGGACAUGGCCUUGGCAAAGGUAAUUUUGCUAUUAUUUCCGACGAUGUGGGUGUGAAAGCAAUAUUUUCCAUUUAUCCCACUGACUUAGUGAAGCUCCAGAGUGUUUGUCCUGAUUGGGCUAAGGCGUACGCUCUUGAGACUGUUGUUUUCAAUCUAACUGUUAUUGAUGUACAUAUGUAUCCCCAUGCUGCCUUUGGCCCGACGGAUAAACUCCAGCUUAUUCCUUUGGAUGAUGCGUCGACUCAGUCAUGUAAGGAUAUAGAUAACAUCUUGAUGCAGCAUGACCCUGGUGAUUCUGGUGUUGUAUUUCCCAAACUAGAGUCUUACGGCACUACAUACUCCAAUUGGUAUGCCACAAUGCCUAACAUUCCACGCAGCACGUCUUACUUAUUAUGUUUUAAGCUACAGUAUAGCACCACCUCCCAGAGUGUGUCAACUACCAAAUUGACUAUUCAGCCUGCAAACCCGUAUAUUGUUUACACAACACCGAGUGUUAUCUUACCUGAAUCGACCAAUGCAGUAAUCAAUGUAGUAGGUGUUGGGAUGCUUGCGACGGAUGAGUCAUUCCUUGUGAACAAUACGGAAUCCUGCGCGGAAACCUGCUACCUCCCACUUCACCCAGUUGAGUGGGAUGGCGGUUCGAAAAGGGUAACCUUCACCAAGGAGUACAUUAAUGACACGUUGCUUCAUAUUACUUUUAGCGAUGCAAUACAAGAGGUCGUGACACUUGGUGUUUGUUACCGGCGAGAUGGUAAUCUACUAACUCGUGUCGGAAACGUGCACGUGGGUGAACCAAACCCAUCAUCAUGGGUGGUGAACUUUGUUCCGCGUGUUGGUACCCGACCAAGCAUUAUAUUUACUGGCAAGGACCUUACGAAGGACGACCGUGUUAUGAUUGUCCGGCUCGGUGACCGAUGUUAUGAGGGUUCUGCUGUUGCUAAUGCAGUGUUAUUUUCCAUAGACAGCACCACGCACCAAACCACGUCCUUUUAUUUAACCCUUACAGAUGUGGCAGUAGGAAAAUACACUAUGUGUUACCUUAUUUCUACCAUAGGUGCCUAUGUUGAAAUGAAAGAAACCCUGUCGGUACUUCCAGGUGGUCCCAAUGUCUUCACCACGAGUAACAAACCUAUGCUAUGGCGUGCCACUGUUAUAAUUAUCCAGCCGGAUCCUGUUACCAACCCAUACGUUCCUCAGCCUAACGAUGAGGCGUAUAUCACCAAUUCUGAACAAAGCUGUUUUACUGAGGUGCAUGCGACUGUGCCUUACGGCAACCCUUACUCAAAGCUCAAAGAUCAUUUGAAAACGAUGCGUAUCCGUGUGGGCUUCAACACGGACAGCACGUAUAUUGUAUGCUAUAGGCUUGCAGACAGCGGCUACGCGCGUGUAGGUUUAAAUCUAGUUCUUAGUUUGGCUUUGAGUUCGCCUACUACAGUCAAACGAUUUCCGACAGUUACUUAUCAAGGCCAGCGGCUGGACUACAACUUUAGUAGUUACUCUGAGCAUGACCCUAUUGAGACAGAUGAUCAGGUCAUGCUCGUGGAGAGAACCCGUGGCUGCUGGGACACGGCUGAAAUAAACCCCAACCAGAUCCUGGUGAGUUCUUCCCCUCUUGCCAGCAUUCACAAAGAUCAGAAGUCACUUGGUGAAUGGCGGGCACAUGUUCCUUCAUUGGGACCUGACGUCCCAAAGGAUCUGAAGUUUCCGUGUGAGUAUAUUCUAUGCUACCGCGGAGGGAGCCAGACGGAGUACGUACCUGUUCCUGUUCCCGUCUCCACUCCUGCCGCUUCACAAUUUCAGGACGCUGACGCUGCCACCAAAACUGAGUACGUUCUUUACGCUGCAGAUCCACCUACGUAUUCCACACAGCCGACCAUCGUUAGGGUUGGCAUGACUAAUGUUCAUGUUUCCUUUCCCGGGGCACAAGUGGAUGAUAUAGCCUACGCAGUGUGGUUCGAAACACUGACAAAUGAGGUUUGCACCUCAAAAUCAAGUUUGAUAUUCUCGAAGGCCAGCACAUAUCCACAGUACAGUCUAAAUCUGCCAGGUGUUCUUUCCGCGGGUGAUAACCACGUGGCACUGUGCUACAUCAAAGCCAGUGGCUCAGUCGCGGAGGUACCUCAGACGCUGAGCAUCUCAACAGGUAACCCCAGCGGUUACAAAAUUAAUACAGUCAAGCCUCUCGCUGGGUUUGAGCGAGAGUAUAUCGUUUUUACCAUUUCUGGUGAUGGACUGAAUGCACUGAAGGAUGAGGUAGUGCUUACUGAGACCCCAUGUGGAGCAGCAAUGAGGCCACUUAAUUCCACACCUGCAUUGGCUCGGAAGGGUGACAUGGAGACAAUCCAAGACGGUGUCAGUUUUGUUGCUCAGUUCAGAUCGAGUCGUGACAUAUUGCAUGUGUAUCUGUGCUACGAGCUCGAUAAUAUUUGGCGUGAGGUGGGAAGCCCCUUCUCUCUGGAACUCGCGAACCCGUCAACUGCACAACUUGAGACUUCUAAGAAAAACGGCUCUCCGCGUGCCGGGCAGCAUCUGAGCAUUACAUUAGUGAGCAGCGCGUUGAUAACACUGGAGCAAGUUGAUGUUCUUGCUGUGUCCAGCGCCACGGGGGCCGGGACGUGGUGCCAUAAUUUCACCAAAGACGACAUUCAAGAGCCGGACCUCAUCAUAAGCACCCUGCUGCUGGAGGUUCCUGUGUGGCAGCACACAGGAAUGUCACGGCUGUGCUUGCGUGUUUCAAAGAAUGCCCCAUGGAUGGAUAUCGCAUCCACAGUUGAUGGGGUUGGGCUGGCUGAAGUGCUCGAAGCAAAUCCUUUAAAGAUGGAGGUCUUUCCUAACCCACCGCGAGUUGGGCAGCAGGUUACUCUGACCUUCCACCUGGUGGUUCUAAGCGCAAAGGGUGACAUGGUACGCAUCCCUCCUCCGGGAUACCAAAAAUCAUGUGACACCGCAACCAGUGUGGUGGGGUUUCCAAGCGGGAUGCCCGUGAUCGUUGUGGACAAGUUCACUACCUUCUUGACGUUGAAGGACUCAACGGAUGCAUUGGCGUACCGCAGUUUCAAUAUCACUGGGGCCUAUCCUGUGUGUUACUACAGUGCGCUGGAGGAAAGUUGGGGGCUCGUGGGCGGCACGUUCGACGCAGGGACGCUGAACCUGCAAGAACAUGUGCCCCAGCGUUGGAAGCUUGAGAGCGGUGCCCUUGUUCACUUCCAAAGCUUCACACUUCGCUUUGAUGAUGAUCUAGGACAGCUUCAACCAUCCGGUGGGGAUUUUGUUUGGGCUUCUCCAUCUGGGCAAAGCUGUGGGGUUGACCCACAUUCCUGCUCGCAGUGUAUUUUGUUCGAUAUGAAUACAGCUGUUAGUACACCCAAGAGUGUUAUAACGAAGCCGAAGGCAUCUAACAUUGUAGACAACUUGAACCUGUGUUACCGCCUCGCUGGGGCCACGGCAUCUAUGAUGGAUAAACCGAUAGAAAUUAACGCUGGUCCAAUUCAAUGCAUUGAGGAAACCACCAUGACACUUGGCAUCCGUCAAGUUGUCACGUUUAGAAUCGAUAAUGGUAUAGAUGUGGAGCACGACACGUGGCGUGUGUCUUUCUACAAAACUAAUAUUAAUGAAUGUCAGAGCCACUAUGUACCAGAAUUUCUACCUGAGAUGGUAAAAAAGAGUACCGUUACCAUUACGAAGGUUUCCUACAUUGUUAACUGGCCUUUAGAUCUUGUGGAAGAUAAAUAUCGAAUUUGCUACUACCAUAAUGACAUAUUUGUACCGGUGUGUACCUGUGAACAGAUUAAUUCUAAGACGGGAGAGUGCUACAUUUCCAUACAGACUCCCCUAGAAAAAUUUACAGCUACACCAGAUCCGAGCUAUGCUGGUCAAACCAUUGAGCUUACGCUAGACCUUGCCUUUGAUCGUUCUAUGUAUCCACCGACCGACAUUAAGUUUGUUCGUUAUGUGGAUAAAUCGACAGCAUGUGAUGCGAGUGCGGCCUUUAACCCAAACGGCAACUUGAAGAAGGUCAGUGAUACGGUGUAUCAGUUUGUGUUUAAGCAUGACUACUUGUCGGAACCAGGUGGAUUCCUGGUGUGCGUGUUGACGAAACUAUCCACAGAUUACGUGCGUGUCGCGAAAGAUUCAAAAGAUCAACACAACGAUAACUUGCUCUGGAUUCGUCCAUAUCUAAAAUUAACCACCUUUCCAUCAAAAGCGGAAUAUCUUCGCGCGAUGCAAACACUUAGUUUACGCUUUACACAUCAAUCGAAGUUACCAGAUGAUGUAGUCAGUCUAGGUGAUAGCUUUACCUUCGUAUCCGACCCAAAAUAUUGUAUAGAGUCGUACAUUAACAAUCAGGACUCAGGAAAGGAAUUGGAAAAGUUUUAUCUUGACGACACUGCAUUUCGCAGUAUCCCUGCGCCUGUCCUGAACGCGGAUAAGCAAAAUUUUGAAUCUGACACAUUUCUAACCUUUAACGAAAAGGGUAUUGGAACUCAAUACCUGUGCUAUAAGCUGGUAGUUGGCACUUGGGCUCCGAUACUUCCUGAGCUGAGCGUCCAGGUUGCUAUGACAAAGACUAGCGAGUGUGACAUGUUGCUGAAUGCAAAUGGGGGAAUCGGUGGUGCUUCUAGUGGUUCUACACGUGCAAUGCAGUUCAUUCGGUCUACCAUUAAAGGCACAGCGGACUUUGCGAAGCUUUACACUAAAUAUGAUGCCAUUCGUGUCGUGCCCCAGGACCACGCAUGCAUCGAUGAUAGUGUUGUCGUUUUUCUAUCAUCUGAGACAUAUUAUCAGCCUUCAACUAACUUCGAUGUCUCUGUUAUUAUCUUUGCGAGGGAGGCUGGAGAGUAUAAGGUGUGCUACCGCAUUGGAGGUCCAGACAGCGACUUCACAAACUGGAGUCCAAUUUGCCAACAUAUUACACUUUCAGCUCCAAGCCCGACGGGUGGCCUUUCAGACUGCUUAUUCGAAGACCAGACUCUUUAUGUCACCGCUGAUCAUCACAAUGGUCUUACCUUUAACACUGAUGAUAGGGUUCGGUACGUUGCGGGCGGCGAACUCUGUCUCCAUCCGGAUGGCUCGUCGGCUCUUCCACUGUUAGCUAUAACUCUCAACGACAAAGUACAGGCGGUGGAUGGAUUCAAGCUAGGUCCAGACGCUAUGGGAACCACCAGUGUACUUUUGCCUUAUGCACUCUUAGGGUCUCGAACCAAUAGCUUUACUUUAUGCUACCGUGACGUUAUUGGCCACGAAUUCGCGAUUCCAGUAAACUAUGUAGCCGAUCCAAGGUCGUGGGUCUUUUCAGUGCAUGCUCGGCAACCGGGUUCCAUCUCAGUGAAACCGCUCAACGCGCAACUUGGCCAGCAGAUCGUGCUAAAUUUCACUGCCCAAAAUGGUGCCAUGACGCUGGGGUUAACCCCAUAUGGCCCCUUACCGGAGUUCCCGAUUCCAGGCCCAGAAUUCAAUGGCACUUUCGAUGCGGCCACGCUGCUGCCUUUGGAGGACAGCAUAGCGUAUCGUAAUGGGCGCUGCGAGGCAGCUUCACGCGGCAAGAUGCUGGAGCUCUACGGCGUCUAUGGUGUUGGCUCUAAGCCGCCAUAUACCGUUGCUGUUUACUAUCCAAAGGUUAAGGGUGUGCGUCAUAUUGCUUGUUACCGCCUGGCAUCAUGUGGAGUAGUGGACAUCGGUGAGGUGAUGAAUAUUUUGCCCUAUAACCCUGAAAAGGCUUAUAUCAUACCAAGCGAGCCGCGGCAAGGUCAGCUGAUAGAGGUACACUUCAGUCGGGAUGGCACGACGCCCGACGCCGCGUUUCUUACCCCUAACCAGGAUCUUGCUAUAAUACAGACAGACUUAAAAUCUUGUUGGUUACUAGGUACUGACGCAGGGACCGUAGUAUCAGGGACCCCUUCUGAAGUCUACUUUACGACAAUCUUCCCCGCGAAGCCACCAAAGGAAUCGAGGACGCUCACAGCGCGGCUUUGUUAUCGUCUAAUAACAGGAACAUGGUCGGAGGUGCCAAAUGGUGUGGUUUCACUGCUGCCGGCGAAUCCAUCUUUUUUUGAAACCGAUCCUGUAGUUCCUCGACAGAGUAUGCUCAAUACAAUACACUUCAUCGGCUCGGGCCUUAGCCUUGGUGACUUUGUGAAGAUAAUUCUACCCUCUGUAUCAUGCAAUGAUACAUCAAAGCCGCCCGCUGACUUUGUAGCGUAUGAUGCCGCGAUGAAACCGCUUAUAGGUACCGAAACUGGCUGGCAGGUAACAUCCAUAAGCAUGGAUAACACCAUGAUGGGCCUCAACAUCUCGACGAACACGCAGGGUGAGUAUAGCGUGUGCUAUAGACUCAAGGAUGAUAAGGUUUGGACGUUGGUGCAAGACAGCUUGCAUAUUCAUGGACGAAGCCCUAGCAAGAUGACACAGACACCUGUCAUGGCGCUGGAAGGGGAAAAAUUCACACUGAAUUUCACGAACUCCCAAAACAACAUGGUUAAGUCUCACAGCUCUGUCUCUCUCAAUGUUAAAGAUAUGGUCGCUGUAUACUUUGGCGAGGGUGUGAGCUGCAUUACUCCGGAUGGCGCUGUCGUUAUCAUGACUGGCCCAUCGCGGACCGAUUUGCUGCCUCAUAGUAUUAUCUUCCAGCUGGUCGUCCCUCGUCAAGGGAGCUAUACAGUGUGCUACUUAGGUUUCCUUGGCUCAUCGUCCCUUGCAAAGGUUAAAAAAUAUAGUCCUACUUGGGGCUUUGAACCCAUUGUUAUUGGACCUAAUCCCCAAGGAUUAACAUUCUUUCCACUUGAAAAAAAAACAGCGGAAUAUACACCACAGAAACUGGUAUCAAUUGUGUUUAGUGGCUUUGGUUUGUCUGUUUUGAGUGAUAAGUCUGAUGAAGUGCGUCUGAUUAAUGCUAACUUGCCAUACUCACAUGAGUCUUGUUUUAAUCACAUCACAUCUACCGAACUGCACCUCUACAAACUCAUAGCAAAUGGUACUCAUGCCGUGCAGGUACUAUCCUGGAUCAACCCCCCCAAUACUAAGAAUCUAAAUCAUGGCGCUACUCUAAGGUCGAGCUACUGGAUAUGUUAUAAAUUGUACGGUGGACUGUAUCACAUCAUUGGCUCAACUUCUCUGAAGAUUUUCGGCACAGGGAGCCCAAGUGCGGCUAAUCCAUCCAAGUCUACCUCAGGCAUCUCGAUCGGCGAGUCCGUAGAUUGGACUUUACUGGACAACACGGCGUGUGUGCCUGGGGAUGUACUGUAUUACAGCACCAGUGGAUGCAAUGAUAGGCCCUACUACGACAUGCCCUCGUUGGUGAGUGGGCAGGAUCUCCUGUCAUUAUUUCCACGGGGUGCGUCUUGGGUGAACUGCAAUGCCCCCAAGACAUCUGUGCGGGUGUCGUUCUUGGCUGGGACACAGGACUAUCCAAAACUAUCCUUGUGCUAUUACCACAACGCUUCUAACCAAGGACUAGUGUCAAGUGUUACCGUUCUGGAGCUUGACACGAUAUCACUCAACGCUGGGGUGCCACCGGUUCUACCUCUUCCUCUUACCGGCAUUCAAGCAGGGCGUAUAUUUUCUUUCGAACUGGAUGUAAAGCCAGAGUCAUACUUCUUAGUGUUGACAACAACACCUGUAAAGUGCUCAGGUGUGGAUAUACCCCCAGAGAAUGCUGCGAUCUUCAUGACUGUGACUUACAGCGAAGCUUUAAACCGUCUUGUAUCCACGACAGCUGUACCCACUGCAGGGACGUACUAUAUUUGCUAUUCUAAUCGCGUUAAAGAGUGCGAUCCUCAUAACGGCAGGGACUGUGCGCGUAUCGUUGGGGAAAUUCACGCAACCGCCGCCAAUCCUGUGGGUUGGAAGACGGACUCGAUUCCAAUUUAUACAUCCGAGCUUCUCUAUAUUACACUAGUCUCUAGCAAGACAUUCGAGCAAGAGGGCGCGUCAUUGUGGAUGAGACAACUAUCAGAUGGUGUGAACCACACCAGUGGUGAUCCCACAAUGGCAGAUGUUGCCUCUGCAUGCUUAGAACCCCACACAAACGUGCCUAAAGGUGCAUCAGCACUGGUAACAUUUACCUUUGGGAGCGAUACGGGCAAGUGGAAGAGUACAGAGCCGAUAAAAUACGCUGGAUUAUAUGCGCUAUGCUACAAGGAUUCCCCUAACAAUAAAAUGAAUGUUUUAUCUCAUUCACCAAUCUUUUCCUUCGUGAGCGACGCACCGAAGAUUGCGAUCUUCUAUCCAGUCUCCAAUGCAGGACCAGUAGUGAAGCCGAGUCGCGUUAGCGACGCUGUAUUUGAAAAUCCACCGUCUGUGGGUGGAGGUACGGCGUCUUAUGUUGUCCUACAUGGCUUUGGUCUCUCACAGGAUGAUGAGGUCGUAGCUGUUGGUAUACCUCCUCCAUCUUUGUUGUCAAUCUCAAAUACUAUGAAGAUCCCAUUAGACAUAUGCACUAAUUCUCACUACACCCCACGCGUUCCUGGUAACCCUGUCUCAACUAAUGUCCUUCAUGACCCUCAGAGUCAGAAUAAGAUACGGUACGUAUUUAUUUUCCAGACAACAGGGGGCUAUAUGCUUUGUUAUACAUCGGCAGAGUCACGUCGUGCUCAGCAGCCCGGCACCCCCAUUACACCCAACGGUUUUGCGGUGUUUCCCACGGUGACACAAGUGACGGUGAUAGGCGGCAUGAGUUUAGUGAAGAUGCCAAUAGACAUACUCAUUAAUGGAAACGGUCUCUCAGAGACCGAUCUUGCCGCAUUUGCGUUGUCUUCUUCUACCCCAAAAAAGCAUCAGGCCGUUACUCUCGAUGCCUCCAACGUGUGUGAUUCUGAUAAGCUGAACUAUAUUACUUCCAUUAGCACCGGUAAAGAUGGCAAGACCGCUUCAUACAGAUUUACUCCUACUUCCGGGGGUGACCAUGUAGUUUGCUACAAAAUUCAACCCGGUAGCAACAUUGUUGCAGGUUCGCAGCAGCUGCCUGGAGUGAUUUUUGUCAAUGUGGAUUCCGCAGUGAAUGCUGUUUUUGUUAUACAACCUGCGUCCUGCAAAACUUUUCUGGCGUGUGAGGUACAACCUAAGGUGGAGUUGCUAGACAAGAACGGUCAGCCUGUGGCCUCUCCAGGUGUGAAAGUGCAAAUGACACUCGCCUUUGCUGAUACUGGUAAACUAGCACCAGAAGACUAUCUAUUAGGGGGUGAUAUAUUCAUCAAUGAGAAGAACACAACAUUUGACUUUGUAGCCUUGAGUAUUUCCACCACAGGAACUUACUAUAUGGCAGCGGAGCUUACCUUCUUGGAGGGUAAUAUUCUGAAAAUAAAUUCAAUUCCAUUCACUGUCGAGGAUAGCCAUAGCCACUUUCAGAGCAUUGCAGUUGUGAUUUGUCUCCCAGUUGGUAUCAAUCCUGACAGAGAAAGUCCAAUCCACUGCACGUGCGAAGGUCUAUCAUCGUUUUAUAUACCAAAUAACUACAGUAUUACUGUGAGUGCUGGAACUGCAACGCCAUGUAUUGCCAGCGGGAAAACUUCCAAGGGUCUCCCAUACUGCACUUUUGAUGUUACACCACCCAAAAAUCUUGUGAGCAAUGCAAUGUCGCUUAACUACCUUGUCAUUGAGGUUCAAAAUAUUGAACCAUACACUCGUUGGCCUGUAAGUAACUCUCCCAUUAUUGUGCGUCUGCCAAGUCUUCCCGAUAAAUGCACGUCUUUAUCAUGUGCAAACUCUGUAUCUAUGACGGAUCGCAUACAACUGCCUGCCGAUUACGUUCGCACUGGAGAUACCCUUCAAUGCGCAAUACAGGGCUGCGCUGUGGUUGACCACAUCACUACCAACGUGGUUGUCCCACCUUCCAAACUACUUGUCGCACACACCUACUUAUCCGAUGGCGUAAACAAAACGGACCCCAUUGAUAUCGGUAUGUACCCAGGUGACCCUAAUGGGCUUUAUUCCUUUAGCUUUAUUGUAGGUUCAGGACUGAAAAUCGCAGUAGAUGGCUCAAUCUUGCUGAGCUCAGACAAGGACCACGGUAAGUCAGAAAGCCAAGCCGUUAUGACCGGAAGUCCUCAGGUUCGUACAAUUCUUGGUGUACCCACUUCAAAGGAUUCCUUAAUCUCUUGCAAGUCCAAUACGCACAAUUCUAGAGUGUGGUUCAUCGCUUCGGAAACAAUAACUUGUGUGGUGCGACUGGCGGACCACAGUGGCCGCGUAAACGGCAUUGGAGCCGACUUGGAGGUUUUAAUGCCACAGGGUGGUACUGCGACCAUAAUAAACCCUAUAGUCGCUAACACUGAACUCACUAUUGCAGUAACAGCACCGAACUCAACUCCUGUGCAACUCGCUUCUACUCUUCAAGAAAGUACGUUUCAGGAUGUUAUCGUUCAUCAUGCAGCAACCCCACUUGAGAGCACUUAUGAUUUCCAGUUUGGGAUCCAGGUCAAUUUCAGGCCUGCGAAAGGAAUGACAUUAGGCACUUACACGGGUAAACUUGUUUAUGUUAGGACCAUGACAAACCCCUUACCUAACUUUAUUCCAGGCACAAUCACUUCAUUUUUUUUAGUGGGAUCAGGUCUUGAUAUAACUCACCAUUAUGAAAUUGCUGGCACUUCCACUUGUGAAGGUGGAUCUUUCAGACCCCAGAAGGUCACCGCAUCUUUGAUCAACAAUCCAACGCAGGCGACAAAGCUGAGCUUUAUAGUACCCAAAAGUGAAAUAUUUUACCUCUGUGUUGCGACACCAGACUCACCAAACAAUCUUCGGUUGCUGACCCCUCACGCGUUUGUGAUUUCUGGGAAUCAAUAUAGUGAUUGGACGAGGUAUGACUUAAUUCUUCUCAUUACUGGCAUUGUUUUCUUUGCGAUCCUCCUUUUAUUGAUGCUUAUACUUUUCUAUUGUAUUUUUUGCGCAGAUAGAGGGUUUGUUCAGCGCCUUCGCUGUGCCCGACAAAUCCGCCCGCGAUCCGCAGUGUAUAUACCACCAAUGGCAAAUGACAGAUUUUUAUGGCGCGAAAACUCCAUUCCUGUUCCAUCUACGACUUCGCAAUCAAACACAGUGUGUACCAAUCAAGUGCACACUGCAGCCGCAGAGCCCUCUGCUGACCUGCCGAACAUCAACAUAAAUAUUGAGAGAACAGUAAAGGACCAUCGUAGCCACAGGGACGUAGACCUGGCAUUAUCGCUUCCGUCACCUGUUACCAUUCCAACAAAAGAGUCAUUUAAGCAUUCCAUGCCUCAUAUAGCAACAACGACAUCCGACUUAACAUUCCACAAUGCAGUGAACCCAAACAAAGAUACGGUGUCAGAGGCAACUGGUGAUGCUGUGAUUUACCGUGCGAGGAGUGGAAAUCGUGAUACGCAUUUACCUAAGCAUACUGGAAAUAGUAGAAGGAAAAAUCGCAAUCACACUGGCAAAUAUGACAAAACAGGUAGCAACAAAAAGCGCAUUGUUACACCAGAUAUUUAUCCACCUCCUCAGUCUGAUAUAAAUUUAGAAGAGGAUCAGUUACAAAGCACACUAUUACCCAACCCAAUGAAAGGUAUAUCUUCCACCUUAGAUACCCCUGUGACGUAUCAGAAUAUGAAUAAGACAGAAAAACGCCUUAUUCAUUUGGGUCAACCUGCAAAUCGAAAAUAUCGCACAACACCAGAACAUCAUAACACGUUAACCAUACCCUUAUCUAAAUCCGCAAUAUCAGGAAAAAAAGAAGAACCUGUGGCAGAGAUAAAGCAACGAGAUAAUAAAGCGACAAAUCAGAAUGAAUAUGGGCAUGAUAUAGUGCGUACGACGGUAGCACCACUACUUGUAUCAGGACAUACAUCAAGACCCAUGCUAACGCCACAAAGAUAUCAAGAAAAGAUUGAAGAAAGUAAAAAAGAAAUCUAA